AUGUAUGUGAAAUGGUUUGAUACAGUAAUGUUAUACUAUGUGAUUUUAGUGAAUUUAGUGAAUGUCACUUUUUGUCAUUUUCAAAUUUCCCGUGGGUUCCGUCCCUGUACGUCCCGACGUUGCAGGGGACGGAACCCAGAAGACAGAUGCCGGUGUCCAUCAGAGGACAUUACAGGGGACACUGCAGGAGGGACAUCGCGGGAGUGCAGGACAAGGUAAGAGAAGAACAGAUCCCGGAGCAGCGCUGCAGGGUAUUCCCGAGUGUAGCUCGGGGUUACCGCUUGUGCUACACUCGGGAAUACCGCCAGGGAGGCUACGGUCU